UAUUUGAUAAACAGAAGCCAGAUUAUGACGGAAGGAAGCAGGACCAAGGAGUACGAACAAUUGGAUGAAAGGUUAACCCAAAAGAAGGCUAUUCUUAAGGAGAUCACAGAGACAAUGAUGCACAGUAGCAUUAAUUACUUCGGGAAUCUAAUUUUUGGAUCACAGAAAUUGGUCCCUUUAACCUCAGAGCUGUGAGAUCAUCUGGUCAAACACUGGUUGAUGAUUGGGAAUGCUUGAAGUCGAUGGUAAAAUCACCCUCUUUAAGUGUUCUAUUUUUCUUUCAUCUCAUGGUGUUCAUUGUUGCAUGACAAUUUAGAUAUAGAUAUUUGGAUAGGAAGGAGGGAGUUUAUGGGUCUGUUGUUUUAUCUUCUUAUUUCUACACUCUAUUUAUUACAUUUGAGCAUGUCCCCUCGAAAGCAAAGAAUGACUUACAGGUUCAGGUAUUUGAAUCACAUCAUGGAUCCCUCCCUCAGUCUGGCAUGAAACAUUUGGGGACAUUUGCAAACACAUGCAAUGAAGGUAUCUCGAUGAAUGUUAUGGAAGCAGCUUGUUCUGGUACGUGUAAGAGCAACAACAUAGCUAUGUGGAGUCCAUCGAGGAUACAGUGCUUGAUCUUGUUAUCACCUCAAACUCUAUCUUAGUAGCCGCACUCAUUCUACGCAGCUGCCAUACAAAGCCCAGGGAAGAUGGACACCCUUUCUCAUGUUCCUCCAGGGUUUCGGUUCCACCCGACCGACGAAGAACUCGUGGAUUAUUACCUCAGGAAGAAGGUAGCAUCAAGAAGGAUUGACCUGGACAUCAUAAAAGACAUCGAUCUGUACAAGAUCGAGCCAUGGGACCUUCAAGUAAAAUGCAAGAUUGGUACAGAAGAACAGAACGAGUGGUACUUCUUCAGCCACAAGGACAAGAAGUACCCAACGGGGACGCGGACCAACAGAGCAACCACUGCUGGCUUCUGGAAGGCCACCGGGAGGGACAAGCCGAUCUACUCCAAGAACAGCUUGAUCGGAAUGAGGAAGACGCUGGUCUUCUACAGGGGUCGAGCACCCAACGGGCAGAAGUCGGAUUGGAUCAUGCACGAAUACCGUCUUGAAGCAAAUGAGAACGCGCCACCCCAGGAAGAGGGAUGGGUUGUGUGUAGGGUUUUCAUCAAGAGAAUAGCACCGGUCAUCAGAAGAGCCAGUGAGCACGACUCUGCAUGCUGGUACGACCAUCAUGUGUCCUUCACGCCGGAGCUCGACUCUCCGAAGCAAGUAGGAGCCCCGCCGGAGAUGGCGUACCACCACCACCACCCACUCUUCUCCUGCAAGCCGGAGCUGGAGGUGCGCCACCACCACUUGCCACAGUUUGAUUCGUUCCUCCAGCUCCCCCAGCUGGAGAGCCCCAACCUUCCUUUCUCCCUCGUCGCGCAAGAAGACCCGAUGAUCCAGCCCAGUAAGCAGCUCCAGAUCUUCUCCACCUGCAACAACUCCCAAGGUAUCAUUCAUCAUGCAGCGGAGCAGGCAACGGACUGGAGGGUGUUCGACAAGUUCGUCGCAUCCCAACUCAGCCAUGGCGACGUCUGCAGAGAACUCAACUGCUCCAGUUCUGGAAGCGACUUCCAAAAGCUUGAAGCAAAUGUGGAGCAUGCUUCGGCUUCCAACUCCAGUGGUGGCCAAACCGAGCUGUGGAAAUGAAGCCCAUACAUAUAGUUAUACUGAUUUUAAUUAGGAGGUAAAUAGCUACCAAAAAUCCGAAGAUCACAGAUUUAUGUACAUAAUAAACCACGAGAACAGUCUGGGAUUGCUUCUGGCCUCUGUAUCAUGUUAAGAGCUUCUACUUGUCGAGAAGGUAUCAGAUGGAUGAGGAGGCCGAGGGUUCGAGUAACUGACUCGGUCUCCAUUGAAGAGAAAUCUGAGACAUAAUGGACUCCAUUAUUUGGUCCAUUGUUUCGGAGCAGUAUUUGCU